AUGAAAACGAAAACCUUCACUGGGUUGGAAGCAGAACAAGAGCCUGAGGCCACACAGACAGGGAUCAGUGGGGAAUUCUGGGGAAAGUCUGUGCAAAAUAUUCUGGAUGAAGAUGCCACCAGCUCAGCAGCAGAGGUCCAUCAAUUCAGGCACUUCCACUACCAGGAGGCUGAGGGGCCCAGGGAGAUUUGCAGCCACCUCCACCGUCUUUGCCGCCAGUGGCUGAAGCCAGAAAGACACAGCAAGAUGGAGGUCUUGGACCUGGUGAUCCUGGAGCAGUUCCUGGCCAUCCUGCCCCUGGAGAUGGAGGGCUGGGGGCUGUCAGAAGAGGCUGCUGAUUUCUAUGGUGGAAGGACACUAAUGGAUGGAUCUGGAACUUUGAGACUUUGUGGUGGACGUCAAGCAGCCUCUGAACAGCCAGACCCGGGUCUGGUGGCUCUUGAGGAGGUGUCUGUCUGUUUCACCCAGGAGGAGUGGGCGCUGCUGGAUCCGGACCAAAGGGCAUUGCACAGGGAAGUCAUGGGGGAGAAUCGCAGGAAUCUGGCCUCUCUCGACCAUGAGUGCAAGAGAACAGGAGAAGAACACAAAAAUGGAACUGAAGCAAUACCAAAGUGGAGAAUGGAAUCCAUUGUUUCUGACAAUGCCAACUCCACUGAAAUUCCAGUCCAUGAAGAAAGUCACAAAACAAAUAAAAUGAUUUUCACUCAAUGUACCAAAAUCUUAACGGAAAAAUCAAGCUUUAGCUCACAUCAGAGAAUGCAAAAACAGGAGGAGUCAAAGUGUCUGAAGAGCUUCAGCCUGGUCCAAGACCUUAUUUUACAUGAAAAACUGCAGAAUCAGGAAACACUAGAGUAUGAAAAAGGUCCAAAAAUGGACCGACAGCAACACGUUUGGCAAACAGGGGAGAAAGUUAGUACAUGUCCAGUUUUCAGAAAGAGCUUCAGCCAUAGCUCAAAACGUUCCUCCCAUCAUAGAGAGGAGAAACCUUAUGAAAGUUCUGAUUGCAGAAAGCUCUUCAGAUUGAAGUCCCACCUUACUUUCCAUCAAAGAAUCCACAGAGGGGGAAAGCCAUAUAAAUGCUCAGAGUGUGGAAACAGCUUUAAUCGGAAGGCCCACUUGACUAGCCAUCAAACAACCCACACAGGGGAGAAACCAUUUAAAUGUUCAGAAUGCGGAAAGAGCUUCAGGUAUAAGAUGAGCCUCACUGACCAUCAACGAAUUCAUGCAGGAGAGAAACCACAUGAAUGUUCAGAAUGUGGAAAGAGAUUCUGUCAUCAGGUCAAUCUUACUAUCCAUCAAAGAAUCCACACGGGUGAGAAACUAUAUACAUGUUUAGAAUGUGGAAAGAGUUUUACUGCUUAUUCACUCCUUGCUCAGCACCACAGAAUUCACACAGGGGAAAAACCAUAUACAUGCUCAGAAUGUGGAAAGAGCUUUACUCAGAAGCCCCACCUGACUAGCCAUCAAAGAACCCACACAGGGGAGAAACCAUUUAAAUGUUCAGAAUGUGGAAAGAGCUUUACUGCCUAUACACUCCUUGCUCAGCAUCACAGAAUUCACACAGGGGAAAAACCAUAUAAAUGCUCAGAGUGUGGAAAGAGCUUUACUCAGAAGCCAUACCUGACUAGCCAUCAAAGAACCCACACAAGGGAGAAACCAUUUAAAUGUUUAGAAUGUGGAAAGAGGUUUAGUUAUAAGAUGAGUCUCAUUUGCCAUCAAAGAAACCACACAGGGGAGACACCCUAUAAAUGCCCUGAAUGUGGAAAGAGAUUCACUAAGAAGAAGAUUCUCAAUAACCAUCGAAGAAUCCAUGCAGGAGAGAAACCAUAUAAAUGCUCAGAAUGUGGAAAGAGAUUCUAUCAUCAGGUAAAUCUUACUAGCCAUCAAAGAAUCCACACGGGGGAAAAACCAUAUAAAUGCUCAGAGUGUGGAAAGAGCUUUAAUCAGAAGGCCCAACUGACUAGCCAUCAAACAACCCACACAGGGGAAAACCAUUUAAAUGUUCAGAAUGUAGAAAGAGCUUCCGUUAUAACGUCAAGAAGCAUCAAAGAACCCACACGGGAGAAACCAUAUAAAUGCUUAGAAUGUGGAAAGUGCUUUACUGCCUAUUCAGGUCUUGCUAAUCAUCAUAGAAUUCAUAGACGGGAAAAACUAUUUGUAUGCUCAGUGUGUGGAAAGAGCUUUAAUCAGAAGGUCCAUCUGACUAACCAUCAAAGAACCCACAUUGGAGAGAAACCAUUUAUGUGCUUGGAGUGUGGAACAAGCUUCAGUAAGAAAGCCUACCUCUCUUUGCAUCAGAAAAUUCAUACAGGGGAGAAGUCAUAA